UGGUCAAAUGGUGCCAAACAAUUGACAUGUAUUUUGCGUUUCGUGAGGCGUGAAUUAUGAAAGAUUCAUUCGAGCCGUCAUCACCGGUGUCAAAUGACUCGCUGACUAUGGAUCUUGUCGUCGAUCACCCCAGAAGUAGAUACCCAUUCUGCAUCGUUUGGACGCCUAUACCUCUAUUGACUUAUUUUUUUCCAGUUAUCGGUCACAUGGGAAUUGCCACUUCGACGGGAAUCAUAAGAGAUUUUGCUGGUCCAUAUUACGUUUCGGAGGAUAACAUGGCGUUUGGGAAACCAACAAAAUAUUGGCAGCUAAAUUACAAUAAUGCAAAGGGCGGCGUUCAGGGUUGGGAUACAGCUGUGUGUGAAGCCAGCGACAUUUAUAAGACACGAAUGCAUAACCUUUGCUGUGAUAACUGCCAUUCUCAUGUUGCGACUGCGUUAAACUUAAUGUCCUACAACGAUUCGAGGCAAUGGAAUAUGGUAAAACUAGCAUUCCUCAUGCUGCUUCACGGGAAGUAUGUCAGUUUUUACGCAUUUGUGAAGACUUGGCUGCCGUUCGUCAUUCUUGUUACAAUAAUCGUCAGUUUCUGUAUGUUUGUGUGAAUAUAACUAGGGGUAUGUAUCAAUGCAAUAAUAUUCAUGGACUGAUUCCGUAUUUAUGAAUUUUCUAUUUGAUUAUACAGAUAUGGACUGUAGUUAUGAAUUGUACAUAAAUUAUUAUUUAUUUUUUAUCUAAUCGUUACACGAUACUCUCAAUUCUUAGCCAAAUGCACAUAAGAAAAUUGGGCAGUUUCAAUAAUUCUCUGAACAAAUCUGAUUAAUAUUUAUAUAUU